AAUUACUACAAGCUUCAAAAAUAGAAUGCGACAAUGGUUGCUCACAUCCCCUGCCACCAACUAUUGCUUUCUCUACUUUUCCUGUUUCUCUUUAUAUCAUCGGCCGCCGUAGCUGCCUCUAGCAUAACCAGAACCUCUGCCACCCACGAAGAUUUCAAAGUUGAAGAGUCCAUUUCGCUGGCCACCAAAAUCCUUCCGCCCAACCCUCAGGAAUUCGAUGACGGAAAUCUCAAAGUUCCAGAGCAGGGGAUGGUGCGUAAUUGGAAGCUCAAAAUCCUACACCGCGACAGAUUAACUCUUCCUCGUAUUUCCGGCUUCCGGAACCGGUUCGAAUCCCGAAUGAAAAGGGAUGAAAACAGAGUAUCCACUCUCAUUCGCAGAAUUCGCGGCGGCGGCAGUGGCGGCAGCGACGGAGGUGAAAACGCAUCCAUUGAGACCGCUGCAUAUGAGGUUGAGGGUUUUGGGACGGAAGUGGUUUCCGGUGUGGAUGAAGGGAGCGGAGAGUACUUUGUCAGGAUCGGGGUUGGGAUUCCGGCGACAUAUCAGUAUAUGGUGAUCGACUCCGGGAGUGAUAUUCUGUGGGUUCAAUGUCAACCCUGUACCCAAUGCUACCAUCAAUCUGACCCGAUUUUCGAUCCGUCUCUCUCGGCAUCGUUCGCCGGGAUGCCCUGUAACUCCUUCCUUUGCGACCAGAUAGAAAAUUCGGGGUGCAAUUCGGGUCGGUGUGAAUACAAGGUCCGGUAUGGGGACGGGUCCUACACGAAGGGGAUGAUGGCGUCCGAGACUCUCACGUUCGGGGAAACUGUGGUCCGGAAUGUGGCCAUCGGGUGCGGGCAUAGUAAUCGGGGCAUGUUCACCGGAGCUGCUGGGUUGUUGGGUCUAGCCGGGGGAUCCAUGUCGCUCGUGGGUCAGCUCCGCGGGGAAACGGGUGGAGCUUUCAGUUAUUGCUUGGUCACCCGUGGCACCGAGUCAACCGGCUCAUUAGAGUUCGGGCGUGGAGCCUUCCCAGUGGGUGCCGCAUGGGUACCAUUGAUCCGAAACACACGGGCCCCGAGUUUUUACUACAUCGGGCUUUCGGGUUUGGGCGUUGGAGGCGUUCGGGUUCCAAUACCCGAAGACGUAUUCGGGUUGACGGACCUAGGUGAUGGCGGAGUGAUCAUGGACACGGGCACAGCGGUUACGAGAUUUCCCACGGUGGCGUACAUUGCGUUGCGCGACGCAUUUGUUAACCAAACCGCCAGGCUUCCGCGGGCACCCAACGUCUCGAUAUUUGACACGUGCUACGAUCUUAAUGGGUUCGUUACCGUUCGGGUACCGACCGUUUCAUUUUUCUUUACGGGCUGUAACACAAUCCUGACCCUACCCGCUACCAACUUUCUUUUACCAGUGGAUGAAAAGGGCACUUUUUGUUUUGCAUUUGCUCCAUCUCCAAACGAAUUGUCCAUCAUUGGGAACAUCCAGCAACAAGGCAUCCAGAUUUCGUUUGACGAUCCAAGUGGUUUUGUUGGUUUUGGCCCCAAUAUUUGUUAAUUACUGCGUAAUAAAUAAAUGAAGAUUUGAACUUUA